CCCUCCAAACGUAAUUACACUUAACCUUGCAUUUCCUUUCUUUUCCCUUCUAUUAGUCACUAAUUCCCUCUAUAAUACACAAUCGCAAUGGCUCUGCGACUCCCCCUCCGAGCUCGAUUGGCGUCCUGCGCUGCCGUUGCCCGUCCUCGGAUCGUCCGCCGAGGUUUCGCUUCGCUACCAAAUGCCGACGUCGCGUCCGAUUCCAAGAGCGCUGCCAUUGUGAACGAGCAUGCGCCUUAUAUGGUCGCCACAUAUGCUCGUCCUCCGCCUGUGUUUGUCAGGGGAAAGGGUUCGUGGUUGUGGGAUGCUGAGGAUCGAAAGUUCCUGGACUUUACAGCUGGUAUUGCUGUGAAUGGCCUCGGCCAUUGCGAUCCUGAGUUUACUCGAAUCCUGAAGGACCAGGCCCAAACUCUCGUUCACGCUUCCAACCUCUACUACAACCCAUGGACGGGCGCCCUCUCCAAACUCCUCGUCGAAAAAACCCUCGAGUCAGGUGCCAUGCACAAUGCCGCAUCAGUCUUCGUCUGCAACUCCGGUUCCGAAGCCAACGAAGCCGCUAUCAAGUUCGCCCGCAAAGCCGGAAAGGUCGUCGAUCCCUCAGGCGAGAAAGUCGAGAUCGUCUCGUUCAACAAUGGUUUCCACGGCCGAACUAUGGGCAGCUUGUCCGCGACACCGAACCCCAAGUACCAGAAGCCCUUUUCGCCCAUGGUCCCUGGCUUCAAGACGGGAAAUUACAACGAUGUUGCUGGUAUCAAUGAUUUGGUCACUGAGAAGACAUGUGGUGUUAUUGUUGAGCCUAUUCAGGGUGAGGGUGGUGUUACUCCUGCGACUGAGGAGUUCCUUGUUGCGCUUGCGAAGCGAUGUCGUGAGGUCGGUGCUGUUCUUAUCUAUGAUGAGAUUCAGUCUGGUCUCGGCCGAACAGGAAGUCUCUGGGCUCACGGUAACUUGCCUAAGGAGGCUCACCCUGAUAUCCUCACAACAGCCAAGGCUCUCGGAAACGGAUUCCCUAUUGGCGCUGUGCUUGUGACGCAGGAUGUCUCUGAUAAGAUGAAGGUCGGUGACCACGGGACUACUUUUGGCGGAAACCCUCUAGCCUGCCGUCUGGCGCACUACAUCGUUGGUCGUCUCUCCGACAAGCAACUCCAAGCCGACGUUCGCGCCAAGUCCGAGAUCUUCAAGAAGCGCUUCGCCAAGCUCCAGAGCCAAUAUCCCGAUCUUGUCACCGAGGUCCGUGGACGAGGUCUGAUCUUGGGUCUGCAGUUGUCUGAGGAUCCUACAGCCAUUAUCAAGGCUGCCCGUGAGCGGGGAUUGCUCAUCAUUAGUGCGGGCGUCAACACACUGCGAUUUGUGCCGAGCUUGACUGUCACAGAUGAGGAGAUUAACCAGGGAUUGGAUAUUGUGGAGGCUGCUAUUGCUGCUACGCGAUAAAGAUAGACUUUGGUGUCUACGAUUACUGAUUAAAAGUGUUUGAUGUUAAGACGAGAGCGAGACUAGACAAAAGGCUAGAUACCAUAUACUGAUUUACGUUUUGCAAUUGCCGUAAUUAUGAUGAUGAGAUGAAUGUCACUUAUAAAUGGAAAUAGAAGGGUUAAGUGAGUCAUUGAGCUUAGUUUGAGAUGGAAUAUAAACGUGUUGCGAUUGGAA